GAAAGCCCCCAAAAUUGAAGACAUGGCUUCCAACAGCAAGGUCAUCACUUGCAGAGCUGCUGUAGCGUAUGGUCCGGGGCAGCCCUUGGUGGUAGAACAAGUGCAGGUCGAUCCACCUCAGAAAAUGGAGGUCCGAAUUAAGAUCCUCUUUACUUCCAUCUGCCAUACGGAUCUCAGUGCUUGGAAAGGCGAGAGCGAAGCUCAACGAGCUUAUCCUCGAAUUCUGGGACAUGAAGCUUCGGGAGUGGUGGAGAGCGUGGGAGAAGGUGUGAUUGACAUGAAAGAGGGAGAUCACGUAGUACCGAUUUUCAAUGGAGAAUGCGGAGACUGCAUUUAUUGCAAAUCAUCAAAGAAAACCAACUUGUGUGGCAAGUUCCGCGUCAAUCCCUUCAAAAGUGUGAUGAACAGUGACGGAAAGGUCAGGUUCAGGAACAAGGAUGGGAUACCCAUUUAUCAUUUUCUUAAUACUUCAACAUUUAGCGACUAUACUGUUGUUGAUUCUGCUUGCUUAGUCAAAAUUGACCCUCAUGCCCCACUUGACAAGAUGACCUUGCUUAGCUGCGGCGUAUCCACUGGUCUAGGGGCUGCGUGGAACACGGCUGACGUUCAAACAGGGGAAACGGUGGCAGUCUUUGGAUUAGGAGCUGUUGGUUUGGCCGUUGUUGAAGGGGCACGAACCAGAGGCGCAUCGAAGAUCAUAGGAGUGGAUAUUAACCCUGAAAAACGUAUUAAAGGUGAAGCAAUUGGAAUUACUGACUUCAUCAAUCCCAAAGAAAUCGAUGUGCCCGUCCAUGAGAAAAUAAGGGAAAUGACUGAGGGAGGCGUGCAUUAUAGCUUUGAGUGUGCUGGAAAUAUGGAAGUUCUCCGAGAGGCAUUUUUAUGCACACAUGAUGGAUGGGGCAUGGCAAUAGUUUUAGGAAUUCAUCCGACACCAACAUUGUUAUCACUCCAUCCAAUGGAACUGUUCGAUGGCCGAAGGAUUGUGGCUUCUGUCUUUGGUGACUUCAAAGGAAAAUCCCAACUCCCUCUUUUUGCUAAACAAUGCAUGGCUGGGGUGGUAAAAUUAGAUGAGUUUAUUACUCAUAGACUGCCAUUUGAGAAGAUCAAUGAAGCUUUUCAAUUGCUUAUCGAUGGAAAAUCCUUGAGAUGCCUGCUUCAUCUUUAAUUUUAAUCUUUCGUC